UAUAAGUGAGGCCAGCGAUCGGGACACCGGUUCAUCCGAAGAUGUCUUACCAGUUGGUGAUUGCUGCGUUGCUGCUGUGCGGCCCGGCUGGGCUUUGGGCUCAAGGUGCAGGUGGGCAACAGGUGGCAUUCUCGGUGGCGCUGAAGAGCGACGACCAGGCGGCGGGUGACCACGGCCCUUUCAACACGGACACCACUCUGGUGUUCAAGAGGGUGGUCACCAACGUGGGCGACGGCUAUGAUGUCAACACAGGCAUCUUCACCGCCCCGAUUAAGGGUCUCUACUUCGUCACUUUCACUGGCGCCUCCGGAUCAGAGGGCGGCCUGAACGCAGCGGUGAUGAAGGACGGCGUCAACAUGUUCGCCAUCUAUGACGACCAGAACAAGUUCAGCAGCGCCACCAACAGCAUGGCGCUGCAACUGGACGUGGGCGACAAGCUCUGGGUCACCAUGUGGGCCAACCAGAGGAUCUUUGACCAGAGCCGCCUCAGCACCUUCAGUGGCUUCCUCAUCAGUCCCCUCCCUUAACCUCGCCCGAGGUUUGCGUCUUCAAGACAAGCACGAAAAUGAAAAUUAAAUGAAAU